UUUUAAACUUUUAAUAUGUAUAUAUAAACGAUUUUGUAAUUUAAAGUUCUGUAUGGUACCAGUAAUAUACUCAUUAAUAAUAAAAAAGCAUUGUACAAAUAUAUAUUUUUAUAUUUAUGUAAUACUUAUGUUUGAGUUUGUAAAAAAAAUUGUAUUUAAUGUUAUCUUAGGAAUAUGUGGAGUGUAGUGUGUUUUACCGAGGACAACACAGUAGCAGCGGUGCCUAUAUUUUGGUUCCGUGAUGGCUAUUGUGCGUGGCCAAAUAAGUCUAUCCGAAAAUGUAUUGAGCGCCGUAUAAAUCCAAAUGAAUUGGAGUUUACACAAUUCAGAGCAAAGAUUCUACAAACAGAUAUAGCUAAUCUUUUAGAUGCUCGAUCAAUUGCACAAGAUAAUUCUGGGGUAUCAUCUAAUGAAAAUUAUGUCGAUGUAAACACAAUAAGGAUUCAAAAACCAAAAUCAAUAAAAAAAAAAAAUGAACCUCUUCAUAUUCCAAGUCCUCCUGACCAUAUUUCUGAAGGAUCUGAAGACUUAUUCAAUAUUAAAGAUGAUUAUGAUAAAGAUACGUCAUACACUAUGGCAAGAAAUGAUUACAAUCCAAGUUCUGAUGAAGAUAAUGGUUUAUUGAACAAUAAAACAUUAAAAUCAAAAUUAAAUAUUGCAACUCCCCAAUUCAAACAAAGUAAGAGGACAACCUCUGAGGAAACUUCUGAAAUAUCAGGAACAACCAAUAAAAAAUUGAAAAUAUUUCAUCAUAACAUUUCCACCAAUUCAAUUCACCAAUCAUCAGCACCUGAAGUACACACCAACAAAACAUCUACAUGCACAUCAUCAAUAUCCCCUUCUAUCGAACUCGAGACUGAUAAAGCAUUCAAAAAAUUUGUAACCAGAAGCCUAACCAAUAUUAAGUAUGAAAUUGAGUCCAUUCAAAAAAGACAAGAUUCUUUUCGUGAACUAAUAGAAACCUACUUUGAAAAAUUAUCUAAUCCAUCUACCCAUCACCCAUCAAUCUGGGAUUCAGAUGUAUUUCAUGAGAUUAUCUGCAUUGAAAAUGAUAAUGAACUGGAAAUAAUGGAAGAAAAGCUGAUCACGGAUAAAUCUUAUAAAAACCAAGUUAUUGUAUCAUUAAAUCGACUAUUUGGAGAUUCCUUAUCAGAAACAAUUAGAAAAAUUAUGCAGAAGUUAUUUUCUGAUAAAUUUCUUUCUAAAUACUCAUACAUAGGAUUUAAAGGAAAACAUCAGUUUUCGACUUUGCAAUGUUGUAGCUUAAUAUUUGAGUCCAUAAAUAGGUUGAAAAAAUUUCGGGAUACUCCAUUAAAAGAAAUAAAAAAACCAAUAGAACUUUGGUUAGCUCAAGCUCCGUCUCGUUUAAAAAAACAAGCUGCUAAAAAUAUUGGUUCUCCUAGUGACCAUUUAUAAAAUUAACUUUAAAUAGUUACCUGCUUAGUUUUCAUUAUUAAUAACUCAUCUCCAAACGUAAAUAUAAAAG